AUGACGGUGGCCGAGCUAGACCCCGUCAGGGACAGGGCGCGCAUAAGAUUGACCGUGUUGGAGGCUGUUAAUCACAGCGACGUCCUGAUGGAGUCGUUAGAUUGUCCGAUGACCAAACCAGUUGCCGAGCAAACGUUGUCGCCGAUGCAGGAGCUGAACGCCGAAGGGCAGAUCUGUGAGGCGCAGGGGGCAGCGGCUGCGGAGGGAGGAGGUUCACCAUGGGCAUCCAAGUAG